CUGCUAAAUUCUGUGUAUGAGAGAGUGAUUUUUUCAAUCGCAUCGCCGCUAGACUGUUCUUUUUCAAGGAAGGAAAUAUUAUUAUGUACGUACCUACGAUUUUGUGUUAUAUCGAACAAAGGCGAUAAAAACAUAACAAUUGAACCGUUCGGUAGUGCGUGCCACGGCAAUGAAAGCACACAAAUUAAUGUUUAGAAAAUCGUAAAAAAGCUAAACUAAAUUAAAUACCAUUAAUCAACUAUUUUAAGUGAAUUUGUUGUGGUAAAAAAUAAUAUGAAUUAUUGAAAAGCGGCAGUGCGAAAUUCUACAGAAAAGCAAACGCUUUGCCGCGCUGAUAAAUUAAUGAAAAUUUUCUUAACACUAAAUAAAUGGAAUUGAUGAUUAUCGUAGCACCUGAGCAACACUAACUACAUUCUCAGUUUGCAUUCGAUUGGCAUUCAAACCGGGCGCUAAAGUUAUAAAUAGCGGCAAGUUUCUCAACAAAGCCAAAUUUUUCGAGUUUUAAGCGUUUCGUUCAACAUUGACUGACCAGAUGUCUCGCUGUGCGCGCCUUGCUUAUGUCGCGUGUUUAUUUUGUGUUCUUUUCACGCGCACUUACUCACGCAGCCAGUUGGCCGCUUCACAUUUGGCUGCAUAUGUCCCCUAUCGUCAAGAUGGCAGUAGUAUACGUAACAAUCGUCCCACACCAGAAGCUUACGAUACCGAACGUUCACAGUUUUUCCGCUAUGAGGAGUCCAAGGGAGUGGGAGCUGAAAUUGAGUUGAACGAUCGUGAGUUGCUUGCUAAUCAAAUCAUUAUGGCAGCAAAAACAUACGAGUAUGAAGAGGGUCUGGCUACGCCGCAUCUGUUCAAACCCUCGAAACAUUUCUUUAGCGUCUUGGAAGAAAUCAGUAAGACACCGCUAUUCACCUACCUUCAAGCGAUGCCAAAAGGCGGUGUGUUGCAUGCUCACGAUACCGCUUUGUGCAGUACGGAUUUUUUGAUUGAAUUGACUUAUCGUGAGAAUUUGUGGAUCUGUGAACGUAGUGGGGCCUUGGAAGCGGUGUCAAUGAUUUUUGCCAAUGAAAAGCCAACGCUUACCCUUGAAAGCGCGAAUUGCACAUGGACGCUGUUGGAAGAAAUGCGGGACAGAAAAGGUGCGUCAGCGGUGGAUGAUUAUUUGCGGGAACGUUUCACUUUGUAUCCGAAAGAGAAGUUUUUAGAUAAUAACGAGGCUUGGGAGAAUUUUAUGGAGAUCUUUUCGCUGUUGGAAGGAUUGGUGACGUACGCACCUGUGUGGGCGGACUACUACUACAAUGCGUUGAAGGAAUUUCGUGCUGAUGGCGUGCAGUAUUUGGAGUUUCGCAGCACACUGCCGAAGUUAUAUGACUUGGAGGGCAAAAAUUAUACCGAGUUGGACACUGUGCGCAUUUACAAGGAGACCUUGGACAAGUUUAUGCAAGAUUAUCCAGACUUCAUUGGCUCAAAAAUUAUAUAUGCGCCCUUACGCAUAGUAAGUCCAACAACAGUUGAAGAAUAUAUACGUAUUUGCAUUGAAAUAAAGGCCAAGUAUCCGGACUUCCUUGCUGGCUUCGAUUUGGUUGGACAAGAAGAACUCGGACGGCCGUUAAAAGAUUUCAUUCCACAAUUACUAAGUAUGCCUGAUGAUAUCGAUUUUUAUUUUCAUGCCGGUGAGACGAAUUGGUACGGUUCAGACGUUGAUGAAAAUUUAAUUGACGCUGUGUUGCUCGGCACGAAGCGUAUUGGUCAUGGCUUUGCGCUCACCAAACAUCCACUCGUUCUGCAGGCGCUGAAGGAACGCAACAUUCCCGUCGAGAUCAAUCCCAUUUCGAAUCAAGUCUUACAACUUGUCUCAGACUAUCGUAAUCAUCCAUGCUCUCAUUUGUUCGCCAGCAAUUACACGGUGGUUAUCUCAUCAGACGAUCCAUCAUUUUGGCGUGCCACACCACUCUCACACGAUUUCUAUAUUGCCUUUUUGGGUAUCGCUUCGGCGCAUGCCGAUCUGCGUUUGCUAAAGAAAUUGGCGAUCAAUUCGCUGGCUUAUAGUGCAUUGAGUGAACAACAAAUACAACUGGCGUUACAAAAGUGGCAAGUAAAAUGGGAUGCAUUUAUUGAGCACAUAAUUGACGGUGAUACAGAUGGCGCUGGAAGUCGUCUGCAGACGAAUCGGAUCGAUUGACUAGCACGGGUGGUGGCGGCGUUUAUAUUGUUGCGUUUGGUAUGUUGCUAGGCGGUGCGCCUUGAUGUCGCAUGACUAAAGUAACAAUAGCGCCAGUCGGUUCAAAGAAACAUAAAAGUUUCAUUUUUACAAGACAAAACUGAGAGCCAGAUAAACAUAACAGUGCAGAUAUUAGCUAAAUUUAUUGACGGAGUUAGUUAAAUCAUUGACGAAAAUCAAAUAGAUUAAUUUAUGUUCUAAGAUCAUAGGUAUUAUAGUGAUAAUUAUAAGAGUGACAUUCCUAUUUACCAUAAAUCUGUAUGAUACUCUGCACUAUAAUAUAAUGAAUAGAACGGUUCUUAGGUUCUUGUAUGGUUGGUAUUUGCUAUCGACAGAUACAGCAUAGUUAACAGCUAGUUUAUGUAGCGCUGACUACAGUUUGUGGAGAGCAAGGAAAGAAAAGGAACUGUACCCAUGAAUGUUGAUAUUUUUAAUCUUAUGCUAGUUCAGAAAACAAUGUAUUUUAGAGUAUUUAUUACAGGGUGGGCCCGAUUGAAUUGUAUAUUUCUAAAACUAGUGAAUUUUUUUUUUCAGUUACUUUUAUUUUUAAAAUUUGUAUUUGCUGAUUUCAUAUAGCAAAAGGUAAUCCAAGUAAAAAUUACUUUUAAAAUUAAUAUCAAAUUAAUACAAAUCGAAAUUUUCUUAUAAGGCAAUUUACUAUUAACUGGAAAUGGUAGAUGGUAGACAUUACAUUAGCAAAUUAUGGGUAUUUGCAUGCACAAGGUGGCGCAAAAUUAAUCAUCAUUAAACAGUAUGGUUGUUGAAUAAGUUUUACUAAAUAAGCAAAAAAUCAUUUUGAGUGAUGAAAAUCUUUAUUUUGACCUUUAAGCGCUCCAUUGAUUGUCUGUUUGUAUACUGCAACUGUAUAGUUCACCAGUAUCAAAUAUCAUUGACGAGCGACGCCAUUUGCAAAAAUUAUAAAUCUAGCCAUAGUGUGAUGAAUUUUGCGCCACAUUGUUGUUGUAUAGCUGUAAUAGUUUGCACGCGCUAUGACGUUAAGUUAUUUUCCCUUAAUGUUAGACUCUGAGCUAAGAAAUUUUGUAUAAUAUGAUUUUAUUAGAACUAGCAAAAGCUUCCGAUAUUUAUGGAAUACCACUAAAUUAGAUAAGUAAAUUAUAUGGUUGCUUCGGCCUGCUCCGUUUUGACGUAUUCGCUCAACACAUUUUUCCGCGACGUUUUAGUAGGUUUGCAGAUCUGAAUGUACUCGUAUUGACAGACGGCGGCGUUAAUCCAAUUCGGAUCCAAUCGGAACAGUUAAUCCGAUUAAAAUUGUAGUAUGACAGACGAUUGUAACACGGAUUAGUGAACCGCUGAUUUGUUUUUUCGAUAGUUUGGUCAAAUACGCUGCCCUGAUACUAAAAAAUAAUUAUUUAUUAAAAAAAAAUCUUAAAUCACAAUUUUUCAAACUGCUUCAAAAUAUCAAAACAAUUAAUAUAAUUUCGAACGUGUUAGUGCAAAUAAGAUUACCAGAUGAAAUUUAUCUAUUCGUACACUUAAAAAGGAAAUUUGAAUAACGCGCAGUUUCGAGGCCUCCAAGUGUUAUCACUACGGCGGGCGGUGGAUAUCAUGAUUAACGAGCUUCGUUCGAAAAAUAUUAAGAUUACCUGUGUGUCUUAGUUAGCCAGCCUACUAGACUGCGAAAAAUGAGCUUUUAAUUUAUACGUAUGUAUAUGUAUAAUUGGCCCUAACACCCUUUGUUGGAUGUUUAGCCCCGCUCUUCAUCUGAUUUAAGGCGGCGUCUUGAUAUUGUUCCGCAAAUGUAGAGUCCCUCACUUUUAUACCACCCCCAGCUGCAGAUGGUUUUUUAUAUGAGAAGCUUUUUCAUGGCAAACCUUUAAUUAGGAAGAACUAUUCUAUCAUUUUGGCGUUUCAUGCCCACAGCAAGUUUCGAAUAGUCACCCACGAUCUAGUGUUGUAACAGCAUAAAAUAUCCUACAUAAAUUUGAGGUAAGGAAGCUGAAGAGUGUAAGAGUAAAGAGUGAGCAAU